AACGCCAUCUUGGAUGCUCACUGCGGCAGGGAGGAGUAAUUUAAUAUAGCGGGUAUCGAAGUUAAUGUAAACAUAGUCUUUAAUGUUUGCUAUUAACAAAAUAAUUACAAUAUUUAAACUUUCAAAAUAUUCCCUCUUAAUUCAAAUGUAUGUCAUUUCAUUCGUAUAUGCCUCCUAACAUUCUUGCAAGUUCAUUGGCAUGCCGUAAUCACUGACAUUUUGUUAUGGAAAAAUUUCGCUGCAUUCUUCGAUUCUCCAUAUGAUUAUUGCAUAAAUAAAGCAUUUUUCUACUGGAGGAAGUCAAGAAAUAAAUCACUCAUUGAAUUCCCGAAGAAAUGUAGCUGAUUGGAAUUCUGACACUUAUGUCAGAAUUGUUUAUGAAAAAAGUUUGGAUUUAAGUCCAUUGUGUAAUCUAUAAUUAAAUAUCUCAUUUUGAGCUUAGACUACAAUGCCAUCACUACCCAGACCUGGUAGUUUGAAAGAUCCUGAAAUUGCUGAACUUUUUGAUAAAGAAGACCCUGAGAAAAUUUUUGUUGACCUUCGUGAAAUUGGUCAUGGAAGUUUUGGAGCAGUAUAUUAUGCUAGAAAUGCAGUUACCAAGGAAGUGGUUGCGAUUAAGAAGAUGUCUUUUACUGGGAAGCAAUCUGCGGAGAAAUGGCAAGACAUAAUAAAAGAAGUGAGAUUUCUCCGUCAGUUAAAGCACAGAAAUACCAUUGAUUACAAAGGAUGUUACCUCAAAGAACACACCGCAUGGCUCAUUAUGGAGUAUUGCUUAGGAUCUGCUUCUGACAUUAUUGAAGUGCACAAGAAACCUUUAAAAGAAGAAGAAAUAGCUGCAAUUUGUCAGGAUGCUUUGCAAGGUUUAGACUAUUUACAUUCUCUUGGGAGAAUACACAGAGAUGUCAAAGCUGGUAACAUUCUUCUCACAGAAAAUGGCACUGUUAAAUUAGCUGACUUUGGAUCAGCUUCAAUGGCAUCCCCAGCAAACUCUUUUGUUGGGACGCCAUAUUGGAUGGCUCCUGAAGUCAUUUUAGCUAUGGACGAAGGCCAGUAUGAUGGUAAAGUGGACAUAUGGUCUCUUGGUAUAACAUGCAUUGAAUUAGCGGAACGUAAACCUCCUUAUUUUAAUAUGAAUGCAAUGAGUGCCUUGUAUCAUAUAGCCCAGAAUGAUUCUCCUUCCUUAGGACCGGGAGAUUGGUCUGACUCCUUCCACCAUUUUGUAGAAACUUGUUUACAAAAGCAUCCAACAGAUAGACCAACUGCAUCUAGAUUAUUGCAGCAUCCUUUUAUAACAAGCCCACGACCAUCCAGAGUAAUUAUGGACCUUAUUCAGCGUACAAAAGCUGCAGUAAGAGAAUUGGACAAUUUAAACUACCGUAAAAUGAAAAAAAUUUUAAUGGUCGACUCUCAAGAAAAUGAAGUGAGUACAGGCGAGCCUGAAGAAGACAGUACUGAAGAUGAUCAGAUUGGAGGCGAUAGCAGUAAAAGCAAUAGUAUUACUAGCACUCAUAGCCAACAAAGUGAGAAUGUGAGUGCUGGAAGUCAAAGCAGCAGUACCAGUAGUCUUCCACCUGCUUCUGAAACAGAUUCCACUUAUAACUAUCCAGCUUCAUUCCGUGAACGAGGAGGCAUUCGUUUGAGUCCAUCAAAUUCAUCAUCAACUAGCCUUAAUAGCACUGAUGUUGGAGCCAAUAAUUUUGCCACAAUUAGAACAACUUCAAUUGUAACUCGACAAAUUAAAGAACAUGAACAGGAAAAUCAUAUGCAUGAACAGAUGUCUGGCUAUAAACGAAUGCGAAGGCAACACCAAAAGGCUUUAAUCCAGCUUGAAGCAAAGUGCAGACAAGAGAUGGAAGAGCACAAACAGAAGUUAGAUAAGGAAUACGAAAAUAUACUUCAGCAGUUCAGCAAAGAAUUGGAAAAAUUACAAAUGAGGCAUCAGCAAGAACUCGAAAGAAAGCUCAAACAAAAUUUAGCUAGUGAAAAACGGUUAAGUAAAAAUAUAACUACCCAGCAUGAAGAAGAGGUAAAACGAUAUCAAGCCCAACAGAAAACAGAAUAUAAGUAUUUCAAGGAUCGUUUAAAACGUGAAAUGAGUGGAGAUGGUUCGUCAAGGCAGAGGGAUGAUGCAAUGCGUAAUCACAAAGAUGAAGUUCUUCAAAGGCAAACAGCAUCUUUGCAACGUCUUCAAAGAGAACAUGGAGACUCGCACCGUCUAGAAAUUAGAAAAUUUCGUAGACGAAAAUUAUUACAGUAUCAUCAGAUGGAACAAAAUUUAUUACGAGAUGAAUUAAAUAAAAGGCAAUCUCAGCUGGAGCAAGCUCAUUCAAUGUUACUCCAUCAUCAUGAUAUGACUCAAGAGUUAGAAUAUCGCCAACAGAGAGCUGUUCAUCAGCUGAGAGAGGAGCAUGUUAGGAAACAACAUCACACAGAACUAGCAAAUCAACAGGAAUAUAACUCUAGACGGGAAAGGGAACUUCGUAAAAAACAUGCCUUAGAAGUUAAACAGCAACCCAAAAGUUUGAAGCAAAAAGAGUUGAUGAUUCGUAAGCAGUUUAGGGAGACCUGUAAAAUACAGACAAGACAGUACAAAGCUUGGAAGAACCAGAUAUUAGCUUCUACUCCAAAAGAAGAACAAAAGUUAGUUAUUAAAAAAUUGAAAGAAGAGCAGAUGCGUAAACUAGCAAUCUUAGGAGAACAGUAUGAACAGAGUAUAGCUGACAUGUUACAAAAGCAAUCGAUUCGUUUAGAUGAAUCACAAGAAUUAGAAUACCGCCAAUUAAAAGAUCAGUUGCAACAAGAACUAGAGCUACUCACAGCCUUCCAGAGUAAGAUCAAAAUGCAAGGGGAGGCACAGCGAAAUAGGGAACGAAGAGAACUAGAAGAUAGAGUAUCUACACGUCGAGCACUUCUAGAGCAAAAGAUGGAGUUAGAAAAACAGCAAUUCCAAGAAGAACGAGCAGAGAGACAGCGACUGCUUCUAGAGCGACAAGCCCGAGAAAUAGAAGCAUUCGAUGAAGAGAGCGCUCGUUUGGGUUUUGAUGCCAUGGCGAUAGCCGAGGCAUCUCAGGAGCCUCUACCUGCCGAUGACAUCAGCAUCAGUGGGAGUAUGUUGAGCUUGGCUCAUAGUAACAGUGCCAGUUCAUUUACUCACACUGCACUUUAGUACCCACUAUUGCUUUAAUGGAAUUGCUGUUUCAAAUUCUCGAUCCAUGGUCUGGUUAGGAAUCGCCCAACGAUAGUUUUUGGCCAUGUUAAGUGCGGGAUAAUUAAAAGGCAAUGCAACACAUGGUGGGAAGUUUAAUUUGGUUGAUCCAGAUCAAAUGAAUUUCAUAUGAUGCCCGAGGCAUCGGAAUCUUCUGUAAUAGUUGGUAAGCUGAUUGAGUGAAGUUUGAUGCUUGGAAGUCUAAUUUAUGUAAAAUCUUUUAAGUUCGUUGAAGCGAUGAGGAAAGCAUUCUUGGCAAGCAUGUAAAAUGUAUGUUAUUGUGUCCUGAAUAAUCUCUAACUUUCCUUUCAAAAUAUCUUGUCUUGUAGUUUUGUAAGAAUCUCACAUAGAGACUGAGAAUUUCCUUAUUCUUUCUUAUGUGCUAUAUCUAAUUUAAUACCAGAGCUUUGUUUUCAUUUUUAUCAGUUUCCGAAACCAACCAUCUAGUCUGAGGGCUUUUUGCUAGAAAUCAUAGUAACAUGUCAGUGUGUUCCGUGUUAUUCUAUGAGAAAAUAGCUCCUUUUAUGUGGAAGGUUUUUUUCCCCCAUUCAUUCGUUUCUACCAUGUGUUGUGGACUCAGUGUCAAUCCGGUCUCCAGCUGUCUUGAUGGAAGGGCUCCUGUGACAAGAGAAACAUGAUCGAGCCUUAUAUUUUUAGCCUGUCUGUGUGCACAAGUUGAGUGCAGCUGGUGUAGAUUUUUUAAUAGAAAUCUUGUCACUAUCAGGAAUGGCUUGAAUCCAAUUCAAGUUCGUCACUCAUGUUUGGCAUGAAGCUGCCCCAUUCCUCAUAGUGCCUAGGAGAGAACAACUAAACUCUUCCUAAUAACAUUUUUAUUAUAAAUUAUUAAGAACUUUACUAGUUAAAAAAUGAAAAUCUUACAGAAGAAUACGGCUUCAGUUUUUAUGAUCGAAGCAUUUGGGUCUUAGUACACUCAUAGAGAUCACAUUUUAUAGCAUUUCCCAUGCUUCACUUUGUGUGCAGUCUGAAUGGUGAAAAUAUCGCUCAGAGCUGUUGUAAAUUAAUUUGAUGUGCUCACCUUACAAAAGUAAUUAACUUCCAUCUGUAUAUAGCACUGUAUAAAAUUGUCACUGUGAAUUGUUUAAUAAAAUUGUAGAUUAUA